AGGCGACCCACAUGCUGCUCUACCUGAACAAGGCGACGUGGGCCGGCGAGGGCGCCGAGGCGCUCGCAGAGCAGGUGCGCGCCGCGCGCGAGGCCAGGCUGCCGAUCGUCAUGGCGCACGAGAAUGAUGCCGUCCGCGGCGGCUGCAUCUUUGCCCACUUUUUCGAGGUGACGCCGCGCGACCUGAUCGCCGAUGGGCUGUACCAUGACCUCGCCGUCGGCUGCCACGCUGGCCCGCACCGGCAGGUGUCGAUAGCCCUCCUCGCACAGGCGCUCGGCGCGACCAAGCAGACGGCUCAGUCGCGCGUUCGCCGCGUCACCGCCCUCGCUCGAACGACGCAGCCCCGCGGCUCCUCUUCAAAGACGGAGCCGUCGAGUGGCGAGGACCUUGCCUAAGCCUGCGAAGAGUCGGCAGCGCCGCAUGCCCAGAUGAGCCAGAUCGUCUGACCACCACCAUUUCGCACCACCACCUCCACGCAUGUUCACUAGCUAGCACUGGAAGCGUUUGGCCAGACAAGCUGUGCCUGCGCGCCUGCGGCGCAAGCGUUUUGUCCCCUCCCCUUCUCCCUGCAUGUCUGCGCCUGCUGCUGGCGAACCCCGAGAGGCGUGGGAGUGCCUCGCCAGGCCUGCUGUAGAUUUUGUGCUCCCCGUUCUCCCUGCCUGUCUGCGCCUGCGGUACGUUUUGUGCUCCCCGUUCUCCCUGCCUGUCUGCGCCUGCGGCGCGAGUUUUGUGUUUUGUCCUCUUAAUUCUCCCUGUCUGUCUGCGGAGACUGCGCCUGGGCGCUACGGUACGUGUGUUGUGUGACUGUAGGUGCUCACCGCACCCCCGUUCUCCACGCGUGCCUCUGUCUG